UGUCCUCUCUCCUCCCCUCAUCCUCUUCACCUCUGCCCCUGAACCCACCAACUCCUCCUCUUCCUCCCCCCGCAGCACACAUGCAGGCCAAGAAGCGGUACCUGCUCGUGUCUGUGGGGGCCGGUCUUCUCUUCCUCGUCUACCUGUGGGGUCUGCAAAUCGGGGAGUUCCAGCAGCAGCCGUACCAAUACCGCCAGUUACCCCAGGACCCGCAGUACCACCAGUAUCAGCAGGAGUACUUCCACCAGACCCAGGACGUGUACCAGCCCCAGAGGAGUCCGUCCAGACCCCCCAGGCACUGGCCGGAGUCGACGGAGCUGCUGGAACCGUACCUGGAGGGGGGAGAGCAGGAGGAGGACAGCCCUCAGCUCCAUCACCAGCACACCUCCCCUCGGGAACGACGGGCCAUCCGCGACAACAUCUACAAGAACAAGCGCUGCCGCAUGGAAACCUGCUUCGACUUUGCUCGCUGCCAGUCGGGCUUCAGGGUUUACGUCUACCCUCCGCAGAGAGGGGACGAGAUCUCCGAGACCUACCAGAAGAUCCUGGCGUCUGUGGAAGAGUCUCGCUUCCACACCACGGACCCUCAGCGGGCCUGCCUCUUCAUUCUGGCCGUGGACACACUGGACAGGGACCAGCUCUCUGCUCAGUACGUGCAGAACGUCAGGUCCCGCAUCCAGAGCCUGCCGACGUGGAACGAUGGCAGGAACCACCUCAUUUUCAACCUCUACUCCGGCACCUGGCCGGACUACACAGAGGAUCUGGGCUUCGAGGUGGGCCAGGCCAUGUUGGCCAAGGCCAGCGCUGACGUGGUCAACUUCCGACCAAACUUUGAUAUCUCCAUCCCUCUGUUCUCCAAGGAUCACCACCUAAAGGGAGGGGGGAUAGGUUAUCUGACUCUCAACGAGGCGCCACCUUCCAGGAAAUACCUGCUGGUUUUCAAAGGGAAGCGGUACCUCACUGGCAUUGGGUCUGAGACCAGGAACGCUCUGUAUCACAUCCACAACGGGGAAGAUAUUAUUCUGCUGACCACGUGCAAACACGGCAAAGACUGGGAGAAGCACAAGGACUCUCGCUGUGACAGAGAUAAUGAAGAAUACUCAAAAUUAGCUGUGUUUCACUGUGGAGUUUGACAAGAAUUGGAAAAAUGGUCGAGUGGGUUUUCGACUUUCGUGGACCGAUGAGCACGAGAGGAGCCGGGAACGGCUUUAAAUGGGCUCGUCGACAAGAGUGAAACCCGAGA